AUGCUCACAAAGCCACAAAGCUAUCAAACCCUGCCAGUGAGACUCGACAAACCAAAAAUUGAAAAGCAAUUUCAAUUCCCGGAUCCAAAUUGGUGGCGUACAUCCGUCAGCCUGCCAGUGGGCGCCAUACUUCUAAUCUGCUUGGGAUUAUUGGUGGCAAUCGCAUACAUCAAACACGCCGGCUUCGGCCUGCAGGGAUAUCCCAAGACCAGUUCGGGCUCAACGGAAACAAAGAACCCGGCCGCGUGGAGCUGGAAUAUCGCCUCCACCAUGGAAAAAGGCCUGGCAAACUCUGACUCGCCACCCCCUGCUUCUGCAGUUGAUGUCCUGAGGCCACUAUCUCACGGUGGUCAUUUCCCUAGUAGCGGGGCGGUGGCUGCUAGAAUUAGAGAACAAAUGCAGUUGCAGAAUGCAUCUUCUUCGCCUCCUUCUUCGCCUUUGUCUUCACCGGAGACACCGAAAUCGGAUACUCAUGGUCCGGUGCAGAAGCGGAAUGAGACGGCGCAGACUAUGUUUGAGAAAGAUGAUGAUGGAGCGAGAACCUUUCGGAGAUUGAUUGUUGAGUACAAUUAA